AUGUACUCAGACGCCGAGAAAGUCAGCCAUAGUCUGUUCGCCUGUGUUGGGUCCGGCUUUGCGGCCAUCGGACUCGGGGCCACUCUUAAACGAUGGUAUGGGAUCGACGACAUCCAGUUCUUCGAGCGUCACAGCCAGCUCGGCGGUACAUGGUUCGCCAACCAAUAUCCAGGCUGCGCCUGUGAUGUCCCGAGCGCGCUGUACAGCUUCUCGUUCGAGCAAAACCCCGACUGGACCCAGGCCAUGCCGUCAAACUCGGAGCUCUGGGAGUACAUCAACGGCGUGGCCCAGAAGUACGAUCUGGUCCGUCGUAUGGCCUUUGAUUCCCUCGUCCAGCACUGCGAGUGGAUCGAGGAGCGAGCUCGAUGGCGCUUGACCAUCCAUCACUCGAAAUCAGGGACGACCUACUAUCACGAGUCUCAGUUUCUCUUCGCCGCUACCGGCGUGCUCGUCCAUCCUCGCAGCAUCGACGUCCCAGGUGCUGAUACCUUCAAGGGAAGGAUCGCCCACACCGGCCGCUGGAGCUCGGACAUCGAUCUUGAGGGGAAGAAGGUGGUCCUCUUCGGCAACGGCUGUACUGCUUCUCAAGUCGUCCCGGCCAUUGUCCACAAGACCAAGAGUUUGACCCAAAUUGUGCGCACGAAGCAUUGGAUCAUGCCGGGUCUGGACUCGGAUCUUUCCCCCUUCAUGCGCAAGUUGAUGGCAUGGGUCCCGAAAGUGCCCGCUCUGCAACGCCUCAUGAUCUUCUGCGUGGCCGAGAAUUCGUUCCGAGGGUUUCGCAUGACCGAAGACGGAAAGAAGUUCAGGGCGAUGCAGAGGUACAACUCGGAGACGUACAUGAGGUCGGCGGCACCCGCAAAGUACCACGACAUAUUGAUCCCCGACUUCGAGGUCAACUGCAAGAGACGCAUCUUUGACCCGGGAUACCUGCAGAGCACCCAUGCGGACAACUUUACUCUCACUGACGAGAAACCACUAGAGAUUACUCCAGACGGUGUCAAGACGGAGAGGGGGUUUAUCGAGGCAGAUGUCAUCAUUCUGGCCAACGGAUACGAGACAAACAAGUUUGCCACGGGUAUCAAUGUUGUUGGGAGGGAGGGCGAAACGCUCGAGACACGCUGGGAGGCUCUUGGAGGAGAGGGCGCUUACAACACCUCAGCAAUGGCUGGUUUCCCCAACUUCUUCCUUCUUCUAGGUCCCAACUCCGUCACGGGCCAUACAUCUACCGUUAUGGCUAUCGAGAACGGCGUCAACUACGCCCUGCGUGUUCUCAAGCCCGUCCUCGAGGGACGCGCAAGCGCGGCGAUGGUCAAGAGCGAGGCCGAACAGCAGUACGUCGACGAGAUGCAGAGCGCCCUGCGGAAUACCGUCUGGAACACGGGGUGCGGGGCCUGGUACACCAAGAAAUCCAAAGGCACAGAGAAUCAAUGGAACGCCAUGGCCUACCCCUAUUCCCAGAUACAUUUCUGGUAUCGUAGCUUCUUCCCCAACUGGUCUCACUGGGAGUACAGUGGUCGGCCCAAUUCCACUUCCCGGAUUCAGAAGAGAGGUUUCGGUGGAUGGAUGAUGAUUCUUCUGGCGAUCAUCGUGGGCGUGGUAGUCUUGGGAAUUUACGGCAGAGACUGGCUUUCUUCGAUUGCACCCAGCCUACCAGCGAUGACUGGAAGGCCCGCGUCCUUCGUUCCCAAUUACCUGUAG